UGCGCCGACGAGCCGCAGUGCCUGCUGCUGCUGCUGGACGCGUUCGCGCUGCUGGAGAGCCGCCUGGACCCCUACCUGCGCAGCCUGGAGCUGCUGGAGAAGUGGACCCGCCUCGGCCUGCUGAUGGGCACCGGCGCUCAGGGGCUGCGGGACAAGGUCCACACCACGCUGCGGGGCGUCCUGUUCUUCUCCACCCCCAGGACCUUCCAGGAGAUGGUGCAGCGCCUCUACGGGCGCUUCUUGAGGGUCUACAUGCAGAGUAAGCGGAAAGGAGAGGGGGGCACGGACCCUGAGCUGGAGGGGGACUUGGACAGCAGGUAUGCCCGCCGCCGGUACUACCGGCUCCUGCAGAGCCCCCUGUGCGCGGGGUGCGGCAGUGAGAAGCAGCAGUGCUGGUGCCGCCAGGCCCUGGAGCAGUUCCACCAGCUCAGCCAGGUCCUGCACAGGCUCAGUCUGCUGGAGCGGGUCAGCGCCGAGGCCGUGACCGUCACGCUGCACCAGGUGACCCGGGAGAGGAUGGAGGACCGCUGCCGGGGCGAGUACGAGCGCUCCUUCCUGCGCGAGUUCCACAAGGUGAUGGCCCCUGGGCAUGUCCCCCGGGACAGGCGAAUGGGUUUCUGGCAAACAACAUGCCGCCAGAACGUGGGGACCGAGCUCUUCAGCAUCAUCCGAGACUUCCCCGACUCCCGGCCGGCCGUGGAGGACCUCAAGUACUGCCUGGAGAGGACUGACCAGCGGCAGCAGCUGCUCGUGUCCCUCAAGGCCGCCCUGGAGACGCGGCUUCUCCACCCAGGUGUCAACACGUGUGACAUCAUCACCCUCUACAUAUCAGCCAUCAAGGCGCUGCGCGUGCUGGACCCCUCCAUGGUCAUCCUGGAGGUGGCCUGCGAGCCUGUCCGCCGCUACCUGAGGCCGCCGUUCCCCCAGGACAUGGCCGACUCCCGCCGCAUCAAUGCCAACAUCCGCGAGGAGGACGAGAAGCGGCCCCUGGAGGAGCAGCCGCCGUUCGGGGUCUAUGCCGUCAUCCUGUCCAGCGAGUUCUGGCCCCCCUUCAAGGACGAGAAGCUGGAGGUGCCCGAGGACAUCCGGGAGGCCCUGGAGGUCUACUGCAGGAAGUACGAGAAGCUGAAGGCCAUGCGUACCCUCAGCUGGAAGCACACGCUGGGGCUGGUGACCAUGGACCUCAAAAAUUCUGACCUUAAGUACCUGAGUUCCAAAAUACUUCCUUCGCCACUAUUAAGGCGGGGCCCAGGCAGCCGGCUGACACACGCUGUCCCCCAGCUCUUCUGGACGUACAUCCAGGCCAUGCUGACCAACCUGGAGAGCCUGUCGCUGGAGCGCAUCUACAGCAUGCUGCGCAUGUUCGUGGUCACCGGCCCCGCGCUGGCCGAGAUCGACCUGCAGGAGCUGCAGGCCUUCUUGCAGAAGAAGGUGCGCGACCAGCAGCUGGUCUUCGCUGCCGGCGUCUACCGCCUGCCCAAGAGCUGGGGCAGCGUGGGGUUGGGCUCAGAGCUCCAGCCUUGGACCCCGCAGCCGCUUCCUGGGCCCCUGCCUGUGCGGAGCCGUGGUCAGCAGAGGGCUUCCCGCUCCGAGGCCCAGCGGCCCUGA